AUUCCACUUGCUUGUGCAAAAAUUGACCAAUCACACGCAUCCUUUCCGUUCCUGAGUCUCGCAGGGUGAAGGUUCACGGGAACAUGUGGUUAGACAUGGCUGCGCUCUGGUCGUGUUUAUCAGCGGGGUAUUGAGGGAAAGGAGGGUUACAGCGAGCUUUACAGACCUUUACGUUGUGAAGAAACUGCAAGAACACAAAGACACAGACAAAAUGUCAGACACAGGUCAAUACCAGCUGGUCCCCAGAUGUUCCAUAAUGGAAAUGAUCGCCAAAAAAUUUGAAAAGCUGCCGGAAUUUGACAGGAAACUGUUUCUAUAUGGCCCAUUCUAUCUUGGUGGUAACGCUGGCCUUGCUGGUUUGAUUGCAAAUAGUCUUUAUCGGCGUGCACUUAACGUCUCCCAAGGACAAGUCACUUCAAGUAUUCCUAUGGCCGUUAUACCUUUUCUAACAACUGUGGCACUAUACAACGCAACAGUCAGCAAUCCUUUGUUAGCAGGAGACUUAAACUGUCCAACUUGUGUCCUCAUUAGAGGGGCUCUGGUGGGUGUAGUUGGUGGUGGUGUUUACCCCAUUUUGUUGGCAUUACCUGUGAACGCUGGGCUUGCAUCCAGGUACAAAAGCAGUCCAAUGCCUGAAAAGGGAAACAUAAUAGUCUUCUGGAAAAACCUGACCACACCCAUUGUGAGGAAAAUGUAUGCUGUACUGAUACUUCAGACUCUGUUUGGUCUUUACUUGAGUUCAAAAAAUUUUGACAGCUAUCUGAAGCUUCUAAAAAUACCUCUGGAUGAGGAGCUUCAUGAUUAAGCCAAAACCUGGUCUCUAAUCUACUGCCAAUGGAAUCUUCUCAAAGGCAAGCUUUAAUCAGUCUGGUAAACAGACCUUAAAAUGUAUACUAAAAGUGUACACAAUAGUUCAUGGUUGUAAUUACUUUUUUU